UUUGCAGCUGGCUCCAGACGCAGCUCGCCACGACGCCAGCAUUCAAUGGCAAGACGCUUUUGCUGCCAGUGCAUCGCUAAUUCCUGCCGGUGACAAAGGGCGCCUAAAUGCAGUCCUGUGAACGAAAAGCUUGGUCUAAGGUUGCAGCUUGCAGGGCUAGAUCAGGCGCUCGCACGAGCGAUGGCUUUGUGUUACCGAACCAGCAACGCCUUUGCACAAAACUUCCAGUCAAAUAGAUUCAGCGCCAAAGCUGCUGUUGCCAGCACUCUUGGUUGCUGUGAGGGAGCUCCCGCCUUGUUGAGUGAAUCAAAAUGGGCUUGCCUGAGAGCAGGACACUGUGGCAAACUUCCUUGUUGUGUUGACCAUCGAAAAGUGGAAAACAGGAAUUGGGGUUGUGCGCUAAAUCUUGGCAAAGAAAGGCUGCGAUUACGGUGGCGGUUGCAAGACGCAAGGUGCCGUUUGCCAACAACUAAAACUGCAAGAGACAUGCGCGCUGAGCGGAAAGAAAGCACCUCUUGCUUUUUGGACACGGGGCCCGCCGUAGCCCCUUGUUCUGCGAGGCUUGUUGUUAGAAAGCGGAAGUCUGACCUGAAGAGAAUAGCUGCGUCGGCUGCGGUUCAAGCGGGGUGGAACGUUUUCCUGCCUCAGCAGUACACUUACAGCACUGACCUGAAGGAUGUUGACCCCCAGCAGCUUAGUGACCUCUGGGAACGUACUCUAGGAGAGAAGCGGAGUCCCCACAGGUGCGCGCUAGCAAUGAGGAAAAGUUUUGCGUUUGUUCUAGUCAUUGUCAAGGAGCAUCAUACAGAGACUUCGAACUGGCGGCCAUCGCUCGUUAAUCCAGGCACACGAAUAGUUGGGGUAGCGCGAGCAAUAUCCGAUGGGGAGUUUAUGGCGACCGUAUGUGACGUGGCCGUAGACCCGGACUAUACUGGACGGGGCAUUGGACGCAAGGUGGUCCAGACGCUGGUCCGCAACAUGAAGCUGCGGGGUCCCACCGGCUUUGCCGCCUUUCCUCCACCCAAGGCACGGCGCUUCUUCUUUAUGUUAGGCUUUAGGAUCGAUAAGAAGUACCGGCUCAUGUCAUAUGAGGGCAAGGGCGAGUUCCCGGACUUGCGGGACGAACAGGCAAAGUUGAAGGGGGCGAGACGAGAAAGCCAAGGUCUAAUCGGGAAGGUCACCGGUUCGCAACCUGGUUUUGAUUCAAACACGAGCAUAGCUCCCGAAGGCGUAGCCGAAACGGGGGAAUAAACAAAGCGUAGUCCUUUUCUGCGUUUUGACAUUUGGUCAGCUUACAGUCGUCCUCGGACUGCCAAACAGGCAACGAUAGUCAGAGUUAAUGGAGGAGCUCAUGCAGCUUUGCCAACAUACACCACUUCGUAACCCCAUCGCCGGUUGUCGCUGUUGGAACCCGGGGAGCGAUCGUUUGAACCCGGUCAGGUCAAGGGCCCUUAACUCUGCUCUUGCCAGCCCAAGCUUACAAAGCAUGAAUGAUAGUUUGUGAUGACCUUGGCACCAAGCAUUCAGUCAGUGCCCUAAGCCCACCUUACUCAGCGUCCCUUGCAGUUCAUUUGCAUGACAAGGACAUCAUUGUCCCUGAUUGCUGGCGUUGAUAGUACAUAAUAUCAUUUUGGGAAAGUGAACGACUCGUUGAAUUUACGGAGCAGGUUUAGCUUUUCUGAAGGGGAUUGGCUGCGUGCAU